UCUCUGAAUAUCUGUUAUGAUAGGUUGGUGGCUGACGUCGUCAAUGGGACCGUAAUGCAAUACAUUCCGCAAACGAUAGGAUUAACCUGUGUAAACAAUGAUACUGAAACUAAACCGGAAUCAGCCUUACAAAUAAAUCACGUUCGGAAAUGCUGUAAGAAAGGACAAGUUUUUAACGAUAGGAAUCAUGUGUGUAUUGAUAGUGGAGACAUUGACGAGAAGUGGAUUGUUGACCGUUUGAAUAUAACAGACAGUUAUGUGUACGAAGUCGACAUCGGCUUGCAGUGCAAGUCUGACGAGUAUGCUGUUGAAUUACGACAAAGGGAUUAUAUUUUUUCUGUUAAUAAAAAUGGUUUAACAACUACGAGCAGAAAGGAUAGAAGUAAAAUAAAUACGCUGAUGAAAGGUGAAUGGUGCAUCGAUCAAGGAGAUGGUAUCGAUGAUUUAGUCGCUAAGGUUUGCACUCGAAAUUGCGCUGCUUUCAACGCCUUUUGCAUACGUAAAUGCUGUCCUGAAGGAUACCAUUAUAAAGUUAAAAGAUGCAACAGUUUAGUCAGUUCUUGCGUCCCAAAUGUAGACGAGCAAAAUUAUUUCCGACCAAUGUAUUACUUGGAACCAUUAAAGAAUGAUUACUUCGGUUUGACAGAGGUAAUGGGAAUCCGCACGAGCUUAGAUUGCCCGGACAGAAAGUUCGCGCUUAACAGAUCGGACCCUCGUGACAACCAUCGUUUGACUUCUGAGGGUUUGCUGGAAUCUUCUAUAUCCAUAACUAACGACUACUGUAUAGAAAUGUUCGAUCGAAGGCAUUGCCCUGAGAAUGACGUCAUAUCCAGUACUCUCCUUUGCUUCAUUGCAGCAGAGAAUAUAAAGGACUUUCGCGUUGCUUUCGUGAUAAAUAGUAUAUCCAGCGUUUGCUUGGCGUUGACGCUGAUAGUGUACUGCGCGUUGCCGGAGCUGCGCAACUUGCACGGCCAGACUCUCAUCUGCCACGUCAGCAUGAUGCUGCUCGCCUACUCCUGCCUCGCGAGAGUACAGUACAGCCCGGUCGUUGACAGGCUCACAUGCAAAUUACUUGGGUACGGUAUCUAUUUCGGCUUCAUGGCGGCGUUCGGCUGGCUGAACGUCAUGUGCUUCGACAUAUGGUGGACAUUUGGGAGUGUGAGAACUGUUCAACCUUUAAGGAAGAGCAGUUCUGAACGUCGCCGUUUCGUGUGGUACUCCAUGUAUGCUUGGAGUAUCGCAGUACUAAUGACACUAUCGAUGUUCCUUUUGGACCACUAUCCUAUUUCCAUCAUCCUCGAUGCCAACAUCGGCAGUGGUGCCUGCUGGUUUGGAUCACUUCAGAACUUGCAAUCAGAUUGGCCUCACUACAUAUAUUUUGUGAUACCAAUAGGCAUUAUAACGGGCACUAACUUUAUUCUAUGGAUAUUGACUGCGCGGCAUUGCGCUCGUGUCAAGUCCGAGGUUCACCGCUUGCAGGCCGGCUCCGUCGGUGACCGUGCUAAGCGACGUUUUCGUGUUGACAGAGCUAAAUACGUUCUGACUGGAAAGCUAUGGGUGGUGAUGGGCGCAGGCUGGGUGUCGGAACUGCUCUCUACUAUUGUGACACAGCCGCUAUGGCUUUGGACUAUCGUCGAUCUGUUCAAUGAACUACAGGGUGUUUUCAUUUUCCUCAUUCUGGUAGUUAAACCUAAACUCUACUACCUGAUCAGAAAACGCUUAGGUUGUUCUCGGACUCCGAUAGACCCAAGGCUGGAGAAACCGGACUCGCAGAAGAAUGGCACCUCCUCCUCGGCCCGCACCUCCUCCACCUUCCUGUCGAGGACAAUCAGCUCUGAUGAACGCGCUAAUUUACGUACCAACCAACACAAUAACCACAAGCAAUCUUAAUGUAUCGAUGUCUGAUUUGUAUCAUAGAGAGGUCUUUCUUAAACUUUUACUAAUGCAGAAGUUAUUCAGCUUGUUGUGAAUACUUCCAUAACAGUUUUGUUAUUUAAAUUAUUCUUAUCUUGUUUUGAUUGAUAUAUUCAAUGCAGGACCUGAACUUUAAAUAAUAACAGCAUUGAGAAAAUAUCAACACGAGGAAAACCGAUACAGUAUACAGUACAUAAUGUUUGCGUUCACAAAAAUGAAUGCGGAAAUUUUUUCGUGUAAUCUUUGAAUAAACAAUUAUCUUCCAAUCAUCUGAUCAUAACAUGCAUUAUACCGAUUUACAAUGCACUUGUUUAGAAAGACUUUUCUGGGGAAUUAAUCGUGUGAAAGUGUCUUAACUUGGCUACAUUAAUUUUUAUCUGAACACAUAUAUUCAAUAUUAGUAGUUUUUAUUAACCAUUGUCAUUACUAAAUGCUAUUAGUAAUAUUGAAAUAGUGGUAUUUGUAAUAAUUACCGGAAGCUAAUGUUUAUAUUUCAUCAUGCGUUUGAGAAUCUCUGUAUUAACCAUAUAGUCAACUAAAAAAAUAAAAAUGUUUACCAUUUUUAACAAAAAUGUUUGUUUCCAUUUGACAUUAUUUUUAAGACAUUCGAUGUUUUUAUAUUUUGAUAUUGAUGCAUUGGCUUAAUUUAAUCAGUAAAAAGCGUAAACUAAUGAACAAAUAAAGGACUUGAGUUUAGCUAGAAUAUGAUUAAUAUUUGUUUAAAAAAUCUGGAAGUUGAAUGUAUUUGUAUAAGACUACGGCAUCACUAAAAAUAGAACGGUUAAAAGAAAUCCAAAUAUAGAUCUAGUCAUAAUGUAAUUAGGUAUUUCCGAUUAUUACUAUGUUCGAUGUAUAGCUUCGUAAGUCAUGUAUGAUGGGCGUCGCCAGGCGGGGUUGGGAGAAAGCUUCCUAUCCCAAAAAAUCAAAAAAUGUAAAAUUAAUGUAAAAUGGCAUCGAAUUAAUGGUAACUGCUGAGGAGUAGUAGGCCUAGAACUUCCUAGAUCAUUGGCUGGCGACGUCUAUGGUAUAAAGUAGUUAAGGUACAAUAAACUAAGGAAUAUUCUUGUAAAUCAUAUUUUAAUUGCACGUAUAUUGAUUAUUAUCCCACCUACAUUCGUAUAAGAUAUUUUUUAUAUUAUAACUAAAUCACGUUAUGUAAUAUUAUAUUUUGGCCAGCAACGCAUCUGUAGUUCCUCUGGUAUUACGGAUAUCCAUGGGUGUCGUUGAUCACCUUUGUGUUAUCACCGCUCUUGUGCCUGCCUUUCAUAAAUAAAAUAUAUAAAAAUGCAAAUUUGUAAUUGAGAAUUAAAUGUUACUGUCUUGUUUCGUUAUGAAUCAAGUUAUCGAAUUUUAUAUUUUUUCUUUUAACAAUACGCAACAAUUAAAUCUAGAAACUUAUGUUUUGUCAUUCGAUCAAAGUAGUGUUGUUUAUAUUAUA